CGUAAACGGUGCGGCUUCCUUUGCUAACCUCAGAGCGGCGGAGGAUUUGUUCUCCAGCUAACAGCACUCACCAUGGCGUCCACUGAGAUAGCAAGGCAAGCUGGCGAAGGAGUCCGCGCUGUGCCUCUGGCCGGCCAUGUCGGCUUUGACAGCAUGCCUGACCAGCUGGUCAACAAGUCUGUCAACCGUGGUUUCUGCUUCAACAUCCUCUGUGUUGGUGAGACGGGUCUCGGUAAGUCCACUCUGAUGGACACGCUGUUCAACACCAAGUUUGAGGGUGAGCCCACCCAGCACAACCAGCCGGGCGUCACGCUGAAGUCCAACACCUACGAGCUGCAGGAGAGCAACGUGCGCCUCAAGCUGACCGUCGUCAACACAGUGGGCUUCGGAGACCAGAUCAACAAGGAGGACAGCUACAAAUCCAUUGUGGAGUUCAUCGAUGCCCAGUUCGAAGCGUACCUCCAGGAGGAGCUGAAGAUCAAGCGCACGCUGCACAGCUAUCAUGACACGCGUAUCCACGCUUGCUUGUACUUUAUCGCUCCGACGGGACACUCGCUGAAAUCCCUGGACCUGGUGACGAUGAAGAAACUCGACAGCAAGGUCAACAUCAUCCCCAUCGUUGCCAAAUCGGACGCCAUCUCCAAGAGCGAACUGGCCAAGUUCAAGAUCAAAAUCACCAGCGAACUGGUCAGCAACGGCGUCCAGAUCUACCAGUUCCCCACUGAUGACGAGUCCGUGGCGGAAAUCAACUCCACCAUGAACAGCCAUCUGCCGUUUGCUGUGGUGGGGAGCACGGAGGAAGUGAAGAUCGGGAACAAGAUGGUGAAGGCCCGGCAGUAUCCCUGGGGGACGGUGCAGGUGGAAAACGAAAACCACUGUGAUUUUGUGAAACUGAGAGAAAUGCUGAUCAGAGUGAACAUGGAGGAUCUGCGAGAACAGACCCACACGCGCCACUACGAGCUGUACCGCCGCUGCAAGCUGGAGGAAAUGGGCUUCAAGGACACGGAUCCCGACAGCAAGCCCUUCAGUCUGCAGGAGACGUACGAGGCGAAGCGGAACGAGUUCAUGGGCGAGCUGCAGAAAAAGGAAGAAGAGAUGAGGCAGAUGUUUGUCCAGAGAGUUAAAGAGAAGGAAGCUGAGCUCAAGGAGGCAGAGAAAGAGCUGCACGAGAAGUUCGACCGCCUGAAGAAGCUCCAUCAGGACGAGAAAAAGAAGCUGGAGGAGAAGAAGAAGACCCUGGACGAUGAAGUCAACACGUUCAAACAGAAAAAGACUGCGGCAGAGCUGUUGCAGAACCAAGCUCAGCAGGCAGGGGGCUCCACUACGCUCAAAAGGGAUAAAGAGAGGAAAAACUUCUUUUAAUCUGUCUUGGCCACCUGAAGAGGGGAUUGCAGCUUCAGCAAGAACUAAGCACCCUUUACCUCUUCCUGCUUUUCAUUUCUCGUUGUGUCAGCCUUUCUAUUCUCCGUAUCGCAUCUUCCUUUUGUUUGAUACAGCCUUAUGUGGACUCGCAUGGUAUUUCUGACCACCUAGUGAAGCUCUAAAAUCAGGGACAGAUUAAAAUCUGCUGUUAUGUCUUAAUGUACAUAGAGAAACUCUUAUAGUUAGCAGAGAAUUUCAGGAGGGGGUUCACACAUUUUCAGGUCUCACGGGUAAAAUCAUGAUCUUUUUAUUUAAAUUCAACAUGACCUGCACUAUGCACUCAUUCAAAAUGUAAAACGCAUUAACUCAAAGGACAAAAUCAUAAAUAAAUGAGUAGAAAUUGUUUUGGUUUUUUUCCAAAGAAAACAAAAAACAUCCACUUUCAAAUAAACUGGUCAUAAAAACACCAAAGCAUUUACUGCGGUUCCCAUGUUAAGGUACCUUCGUUAAAUACCAUGGAGCUCACAUGCGAGGGGCUUUUACUACACGUUGUGCUUUAACAUUAACUGGCCUACUCUAUAUUUUGCAUGCAUCUUUUAUUUAAGUUUUAUAACUGCUGUGAUUUUUCUGUUUUUUACUCCCUGAAUAUCUGAGCUCUGCAGUUUGUUCCCUUCAUCGAUGUUUUUCUUCAAAAGAAAAUGAUGGUGCGUUUAAUCAUUGUAUAUUUGCUCUGUCCCAUGAUUUCAGCUCCCACUUUGCCAAAUGAGUUGAACAGAUACCCAGAUGAAGAGUAUUAAAAAUACUCGUGCAUUUAUAUAAUUUAUAAGGAUAUAUUUUGUGUAUUGAAGUGGAGAUUUGUUGUUUAUUACCUAUAAUGUUUGGAUGUGGUUCUUUGGAGUUUAAAAGUGACAUUUUGGUGUCAGCAGUUGCCAUACAUGUUUUUUUUUUCUAGUAUCUGCCUUCUCCUCUUAUUGUUAAAACAUCUAUUACACUACAAAUAAUUCAGUAUUCUGCUUUAGUUUGAUUCCAUUGAUGUACAUUUUGAAUUAAAAAAAAUCCAAAAUAG